AUGGCUCUAUAUGAAGCACUAUAUGGACGAAGGUGUCGAACUCCAACAUGUUGGAUGGAAUUGGGCAAACGAAGAAUUUUGGGCCCUGUGUUAGUGGCAGAUACUAAGGAUAAGGUAAAAUUGAUUCGGAAUCAGCUGAAGGAGGCCUCAGAUAGGAAAAAGUCAUAUGCUGACCUUAAGUGUCGAAAGAUAGAGUAUGCAAUGGGGGACAUAGUUUUCCUUAAGGACUCUUCGUGGAAGAAGGUGUUAAGGUUUGGACGGAAAGGGAAGCUAAGCCCAAGGUUCAUUGGGCCAUAUCGGGUUGUGAGGCGAAUUAGACCAGUCACUUAUAAACUGAAAUUACCUCCUAAACUAAGCCAGAUCCACGAUGUGUUUCAUGUUUCCAUGCUAAGACGGUAUCGCUUGGAUCCUUCACAUGUCGUGGCAGUGGAGGAAAUCGAGGUCAAGCCAGACCUAACUUUCCAGGAAGAGCCCAUAGAAAUUCUUGGACGUGAUGUUAAGGUACUGAGAAGGAUGUCCAUCCCAUUAGUAAAAGUGCUUUGGCAUAAUCACAAGGCUAAGGAGGCUACUUGGGAACCUGAGCAAGCGAUGCGACAUCAAUAUCCUCAACUCAUGGAAAUGUUAUUGCGGUCACUGACACCAGAAAGUGCAGCGAUAGUUCAAGCUAACAAGCGUGACAACGAAAGUUGCUUGAGGAUUAGAGGAAUUUAA